AUGGAAGAAAAACAGCCGAAGAUAACUUCUGCCAACGAUGUUACAAAUAUUAGAAGAUUAAGAAGACGACGACAAAAUCAUGUCGAUACCAUUUCCGAAGCAGGCACAUUUGAGGAUAUAUCAGAAAUUCAUACACAAGAAAGCGAGAAAACACUUUCUCAAGAUACACAUGCAAGAGCAGAUGAAUUGGAGGAUUAUGAGUUACAUCAUGAUAGGCGCAUUUCAGUGUUGUUUGUACUCAUCAUUGUGAUAGGUUAUACUGCUGGUGGUGCAUGUCUUAUGCAACUUUGGGAAAACUGGACAUUCAUGGAAUCCUUUUACUUUUGUUUUGUUACCGUAACAACUAUUGGUUUUGGAGAUAUCGUACCUCAAAAUGCGGACUUUCUGCCAGCAACGCUCAUGUAUAUCAUUAUUGGCCUUAUUAUCACAACGAUGUGUAUUGAUUUGGUGGGAAGCGAGUACAUUCGUGACAUUCAUUUUUAUGGUCGAAGUUUGGGGCGCAGUUUUAUGACGAUUGGCGGUAAAGUCGUACAUCUUGGGGAAGUGUUUGGUUAUGUAGCGUUUCUUCAAAAGAAAUAUGGCCUUACUGCGGAACAGAUCAAUAAGCUAGCUCAAUUGCCAGAAGAAUAUUUACUUGAAUGCUUAAUUAAUGGCAGGCAACCUGAUUUAAAUUGGAUUGAUGGACGCCCUUACAUACCACCUGAUAUUUACUAUUUCAAAUGGAUUGAGCAUCCACGUACGCUCUCGUUUGUAUCGGAACGUGUGUUAGCAAGUAUGGAAUCACUGGAUUUGAAUACGAGUAAGUGUAGUACAGCGAGAACAUUAACGCCACGUGAGUAUUACCAAAGAAUUUUGCUGCAAUACUGCAAGCAGAUGCAACCUGGUGAUCAACAACAACAACAGCAAUCACUUGUUGCUCAAGUAUAA